GCGGGCGGGGGGCGUGGCCGCCGCCGUGGCCGCGGCAUGGAGGAGCGGCCGCGCCGCCGCUGAGCCGCCGCCAUGGCCAAGAGCCGCGGGGGCGGCGGGCCCGGCUCGCCCGGCGGCCACCACAGCCUGGCCGGGACCCGCGAGAGCCUGGCCGAGCCGGGCGGUGACGAGCUCAGCUCCCUCGGCUCCGACUCGGAGGUUAACGGCGGCGGCCCCGAGGAGCGGCGCGUCGACAAGUUCGGCUUCAUCGUGGGCAGCCGCAGCGCCGAGGGGCCGCUGGAGGAGGUGCCCUUGGAGGUGCUGCGUCAGCGCGAGUCCAAAUGGCUGGAUAUGCUCAACAACUGGGACAAGUGGAUGGCCAAAAAACACAAGAAGAUCCGGCUGCGGUGCCAGAAGGGGAUCCCGCCCUCGCUGCGGGGCCGUGCCUGGCAGUACCUCUCUGGGAGCAAGGUCAAGUUGGAGCAGAACAUCGGCAAGUUUGACGAACUGGAUCUCCUGUCGGGGGACCCGAAGUGGCUGGAUGUGAUUGAGCGGGAUCUCCAUCGGCAGUUCCCCUUCCACGAGAUGUUCGUCUCACGUGGAGGCCACGGGCAGCAGGACCUGUUUCGAGUGCUGAAGGCGUACACGCUGUACCGCCCGGAGGAGGGCUACUGCCAGGCCCAGGCGCCCAUCGCCGCCGUCCUGCUCAUGCACAUGCCGGCCGAGCAAGCGUUCUGGUGCCUGGUGCAGAUCUGCGAGAAGUACCUGCCCGGCUACUACAGCGAGAAGCUGGAGGCCAUUCAGCUGGACGGACAGAUCCUCUUCUCGCUGCUGCACAAGGUCUCACCUGUGGCCUACAAGCACCUGAGCAAGCAGAAAAUCGAUCCCAUCCUCUACAUGACGGAGUGGUUCAUGUGCGCCUUCUCCCGCACGCUGCCCUGGAGCUCUGUCCUGCGCGUCUGGGACAUGUUCUUCUGCGAAGGGGUGAAGAUCAUCUUCCGGGUGGGCCUGGUGCUGCUCAAACACACCCUGGGCUCUUCGGACAAGCUCAAGUCCUGCCAAGGCCAGUACGAGACCAUGGAACGGCUGCGGGCGCUCAGCCCCAAGAUCAUGCAGGAGACCUUCCUGGUGCAGGAGGUCAUCGAGCUGCCGGUGACGGAGCGUCAGAUUGAGCGGGAGCACCUGAUCCAGCUGAAGAAGUGGCGGGAGACACACGGGGAGCUGCAGUGCAAGUCCCCCCCGCGCCUGCACGGCGCCAAGGCCAUCAGCGAGGCUGAGCCCCCCACCCGCAAGGCGCUGGAGCCUGUCCCCUCCAUCAUUGUCCCCCCCGGGCCCGCCCCCGUGCCCAAAGCCCGCAAGAGCAAGGAGAAGAGCCGAGACAAGGGCCUGGCCAGCCCCGCCAACGGCCCUGGGGCUGAGGGUAACGGGGCACCUGGUGCGGCCAAGGAGCUGCUGCACCCCCAGGUGUCCCCCCACCACCAGUCCAAGGAGAGCCUGAGCUCCCGGGAGAGCGAGGACACGUACUUGUAGGGCCGGCACGGCGCUGGGUCUGCACCCAGGCUCAGCUGGGCUGUGCGUGGACCCGGGCUCCAGGACACCGAGGGGGCUGUGCGGGGACCCGGGGUGCCUGGCGCUCUGAGCGCGAGGGAUGGGGACACCGUGGGCCCUGUGCGCGGGGGUGGGCUCAAAGCCGGGGGCACCUGUGGGAGCUUGGCCAGGGGUGGUGGCCCAAGAGGCCACUGUCGCUCUGCGCUGGGUGCCCACCCCGCAGGGUGCUGGCACCAUGAGCGGUGGGAGCCCUGGCAGGGGUGGCUGAGCCACCCGAGCUCCCAACCCACGGCUGGGGGGGCCAGGCUGCUCUGCAGGCCCUUCUCUCUGUCCCAGAGCCCCUCAACCCACUGCCCCUGGGAUACCCCAAGAGCCCCCACCCUUCUGCCCACCCCCUGCCCAUUGGGCAGACCCAGUUCCUGAGCCCUCGCGCCUGGCGCAGGGGGACUGGGGGUACGUGAGGAGCUGGGGGGACCCCUUCCCCCCCUCCUCUUUAUCUAGUGAGGAUGUAUCGAGCUGUAGCCCUAUAUGUAGUUACCAAAUUUACCUACUCACUGAGCCUAUUUAUUAUUCCUCCGUGGCAGUAACCGUGCAGGACGGGGACCGAGGGUGGGAGCUGCGGGCACAGUGUGCCACGGCCAGCGGGAUUUGAUGCCAGACCGGGAGGUUAAAGCCCUCCCGCCCCAUCCCUGGGCUCCCCGCGGCUCGGGGCGGGUGUUCACCCUGCUGGGGCUCUCCCCACCGCUGCCCCCCACCCUGGGGCCCUGGCGGAGGUGAGACAGGGUGCCCGUGGGGUGGGUGAGCGGCCGGGUGCUUCCCGCUUGUGGGGUCCCCUCUCUCCCCCCUGCCAGGGGUGGCUUUGUAAAAUAAAGCGGGGAAAAUGGUUUUGUACAAAGGGGUAAAUAAAGCAGGAUUGUGUAAAGGCGCA